AUGGAAUUUGAUGAUCAAAUUUUGAAAGCAAUAUAUAAAUUGGCAAUCUAAAAGCCAUUUAAAUAUUUGAUUCAAGAUUUUGGUCGUCCAGCUCUUGCUUAGGUUCAUUUUAGAAAAUUAAUUAAAUAAAUUGACCCUGCAAUAACAAUAACAGAUUGUGACAGAUUCUAUUAGAAAGCAUUAAUUGAUUAUAAGAGUUUAAUAGGAUUGACAGUAGAAAUACUUGAAAAAUUAACAGAAAAUUAAGAAAAGAUUGAAUUAGUAUUAUCUGCAUAGGAUAUCUCAACAAUAGAAAUAAUUAUCUAAAAUUAUAAAUCCAAAAGAUUUGAUAUUGAAAGAGUAUUCAAAUACUUUGAUAAAAAUAAAGAUUUAGCUUUAGAGGAAAGAGAAUUUAAGGAAUUGAUUGAAUUUUACCACCCUUCAAUUACUCUAAAAGAAUAUCAAUCUUUAAGAAAAUAGUUUGGAAAUUUGAAAUUUUCAUGUGAUCAUUUGAGAUAAUUGUUUUAAAACUGGUCAGAGAUUGUGGAUAAUAAAAAUAAAAAUCCAUAAUAAGAAUAAGUGAAAUAUUCAAUAAGAUCAUAAUAAGAUUAAAGGAUAUAAAAGGAGAAAGAAAUUCCUCAUCAACCAUAAGAAAUGGAAGAUGUAGAUUAAUAGGAAGUGAAAGAGGAUGAAGUAGAAUUUGCAGAUUUCUUAAAUAUUGAUUUAAAUAUGAAAGGAGCAAAGGAAUUAAUAUAGAAAAGAGAAGAAUUGAAAAAUUCAAAAUAGGAAUUUGUAGAUAAUGAAUUUCCCCCAUCUGUAAGAAGUUUAGGAAUGAGAUAUUCUUAACUAUCAUGGAAAAGAAUGAGUGACAUUUUUAAAAAUAAGUUAAAAAUGUUUAAUAUUGAUGAUUAAAAGGAUAGCAGAGUAGGAUUAGGGAAAUGGAUUUCUCAUAAAGAUAUUAGAUAAGGUAUAUAAGGAAAUUGUUACUUUUUAGCAUCAGUAAGUACGAUAGCAUGCAGAUGGUAUUUAAAUAUAGAUUAUUCUUAGGCCUGAAGUGAUAAAAGAUUUAUUUAUAAGUUAAAAAGUAAAUUCUUCAAAAUUGUACGCAGUAAGAUUAUGUUAAGAUGGUGAAUGGAAAGUUAUUAUGUUGGAUGACUAUAUUCCUGUUAAUAAUUAAGGAAAUCCAUCAUUUUUAAAAAAUGCUGGAGCAGAAUUGUGGGUAGCUUUAUUAGAAAAGGCUUGGGCUAAAAUGAAUAAUAAUUACACUGAUAUAGAUGGUGGUGAUCCAAGAGAAGUUAUUAAAAGUAUUACAGGUGGUCCAACUUGGCUUAUAUUUACGAAUGCUCCAGAUUUUUCAUAAUAAUUAUAAAAAUUUUCUGACAUGAAAUGUGUUAUGGCAAGUGGUACAUUUAAAUCAAAUCCAAAUUAUGCCAAUUAUGGUUUAGUUGCAGGACAUGCUUAUUCAUUAUUGAAGGUUUAUAAUUUGAAUCAUCCAACUAAAGGAUAAGUUACUAUUUUAAAGAUUAGGAAUCCUUGGGGUUAAAAAGAAUGGAAUGGAGAUUGGAGUGAUGAAAGUUCAUUAUGGACAGAAGAAUUAAAAUAAUAAGUCAAAUUUGGUAAGAAAGAAGAUGAUGGAAUAUUUUAUAUGGAAAUUAAAGAUUUCAAAAGAUAUUUCUAAGCGAUCUUUGUAGGUUAUUUUAGAAAAGAAUAUCUAUAUAACUCUAUAAAAUAAAUGGCUUAAAGAACUAAAACUAUUUAAUAUGAUAUUGAUGUACCAAAUGAUGGAGAAUAUUAUUUCACAGUUCACCAAGAAGCUUUAAGAAGAUAUGCAUAAAACAAAGAUAUCAAAUAUGAAUAUUCUUAUGUAAGAAUAUUAUUAGCAAAAAAUAAUGGAAAAGGAGAUUAAUAAUUUAUUGAUUCGAAACAAUAAAAAGAUAUUUAAGUUCAUUUAGGAGGUAAAUUAACUAAAGGAAAAUAUUCUGUUCAAAUUAAAAUUAAAUGGGCUGUUCCAAGUUGGAAUGAACAUGAAUACUAAUUUAGUGUUUAUGGAUCAGAAUUCUUGAGACCAAAAUAAGUACCUAGAGAUGCAGAAUUAAGAAAAACAGUUAUGUUAUAAGUAGCAAGAGAAAAUAAAAACUUAUAAUUAUUAACCAACGGUUUAUUUUGUUCUAUGGAAACUGUUGUUUCUAAAGGGUAUAGAAUUCCUAUAUAUAUUUUAGAUUAGGUUAUUUCUAUUAUAAAAAUACAACAUAGAAAACAUUCAAAUUAAAGAAUACUUUAUCGAAUAAACAAGGUGUUAAACUCUUAAAACCUGAAGUUGGAGAUAGUUAUUAAAUAGAACUAACUCCUGGAGAAGAUAAAAUAAUACUCUUAAGUUUGGAUCCAAGUGGUGUUGCAUUUACUCCCAAACAUUAAUUGGUCUAAUGAC